CAAAGACAGUAAAACAAAACCUUUCAAUUUUCUUAAAUUAGCAGUCUAAUGUGUUCUAAAGAGCAGCUCCACUCAGAUCUCAUCUGAGGGGUUGAAUUUCAUCACAAUAUAAAAUAGGCAAAUCCAUCACUUGCCUCUGCUCAGUGCUAUUGAAUUGAAAUGGAAGGGAAAUGAGAGGCUGUUCAUUUGUGCUCUUGGGCUCUGCCGCGUGCACCGCAGCUGCAUUUCAGACUCCGGGUGUCCUGCUGAAAAGGGUCAACAAGUGCUGAGGAGGCUACAAAGAGGCUGGGGCUGGCGUCACCUUCUGUUGCUAAGGCAUCUGAGUGACUAUUUUCUUUCACAACUCUGUGCUCUGAGCAUUAAGGAUGGAUUAUCCCAAAAUGGAUUAUUUUCUGGAUGUCGAGUCUGCUCAUAGACUCUUGGAUGUUGAGUCGGCUCAAAGAUUCUUCUACAGUCAAGGAGCUCAAGCUCGCCGGGCGACCCUGCUCCUGCCUCCCACGUUAAUGGCGGCAUCUUCCGAGGACGAUAUUGACCGGCGGCCCAUCCGGAGAGUCCGCUCCAAGAGCGACACGCCGUACCUCGCCGAGGCCAGGAUCUCCUUCAACCUCGGGGCAGCUGAGGAAGUGGAGAGGCUGGCAGCGAUGCGUUCCGACUCCCUCGUCCCAGGCACCCACACCCCACCCAUCCGGAGGAGAAGUAAGUUUGCCAACCUAGGGAGAAUUUUCAAGCCUUGGAAAUGGAGGAAGAAGAAAAGUGAAAAGUUCAAACAUACAUCUGCAGCCCUGGAGAGGAAAAUAUCAAUGAGGCAAAGCAGGGAGGAGCUGAUAAAGCGGGGAGUCUUGAAGGAAAUCUAUGACAAAGAUGGGGAUCUCUCCAUCUCCAAUGACGAUGACUCCUUGGAAAACGGGCCGUCCCUGAGCUCCAGCCAGCUGUCUCUGCCUGCCCUCUCCGAAAUGGAACCGGUCCCCAUGCCCAGGGAUCCCUGCUCGUACGAGGUGCUCCAGCCUUCAGACAUCAUGGAUGGGACAGUGUCUGAAGACAGUCCCUCUGCCAGUGACUCUGGACUCCUGCCCCAAGAUCCUUCCGCCAAACCAGUCCUGCUCCUGCCCCCCAAAAAACCUGCUGCUUUCUCUGGAGACCAUGAAGAGACCCCAGUGAAGCAGCUGCCCCUCCUCAAGCAGCCCCCCGCCCUGCUUCCCAAACCCACUGCCAGGAUUGCCAACCACUUAACAGAUCCUGGCGCCCCCGUGAAAUUGCCUUGCCUGCCAGUGAAACUGUCGCCUCCGCUACCUCCAAAGAAAGUCAUGAUCUGUAUGCCUGUCGGGGGGCCAGACCUCUCCCUGGCGUCCUACGCGGCCCAGAAGAGUGGACAGCAGGGCCACCACCACACGGUCCUGCCCUCCCAGAUCCAGCACCAGCUGCAGUACGGCAGCCUCGGCCAGCACCUCCCCGCCACCACCGGCUCCCUUCCCAUGCACCCAUCCAGCUGCAGGAUGAUAGAUGAGCUCAACAAGACGCUGGUCAUGACCAUGCAGAGGCUGGAAAGCUCUGAGCAGCGGGUCCCCUGCGCCACUUCCUACCACGGCUCUGCUUUGCACUCGGGUGAUGGGGUCACAAAAGCGGGACCUCUGGGCCUGCCGGAAAUAAGACAAGUGCCAACUGUUGUGAUUGAAUGUGAUGACAAUAAAGAAAACGUGCCUCAUGAGUCCGACUACGAAGACUCUUCUUGCCUCUACACAAGAGCAGAGGAAGAGGAGGAGGAAGAGGAUGAGGACGACGACAGCUCCUUGUAUACCAGCUCCCUGGCCAUGAAGGUGUGCAGGAAGGACUCCUUAGCCAUCAAACUCAGCAACCGGCCCUCCAAGAGAGAGCUGGAAGAGAAGAACAUCCUUCCCAGGCAGACGGACGAAGAGAGGCUGGAGCUGAGGCAGCAGAUUGGCACCAAGCUCACCAGGCGCCUGAGCCAGAGGCCGACCGCAGAGGAAUUGGAGCAGAGGAACAUUUUGAAACCUCGGAAUGAACAAGAGGAACAAGAGGAGAAAAGAGAGAUCAAGAGAAGGCUAACUCGGAAGCUCAGCCAAAGGCCCACAGUGGAAGAACUCCGGGAAAGGAAGAUCCUCAUUCGCUUCAGCGAUUAUGUGGAGGUGGCUGACGCCCAGGACUAUGACCGCAGGGCCGACAAGCCGUGGACCCGCCUCACUGCUGCCGACAAAGCUGCCAUUCGAAAGGAGCUCAAUGAAUUUAAAAGCACUGAAAUGGAAGUUCAUGAAUUGAGUAGACAUCUAACAAGGUUUCACCGACCUUAAGAGUUGAAUUCCUCUUGAGUGCUAUGUUGUCUUCAAAACAUAAAUUUAUAAGAACCAUAAGUGCUGGUAUUUAUUCACUCCCUCCCCCCAUUAUGAUGUAAAUCUUCCGAACUGCCUUUUUUUUUUUAAAGAAGAAAAAAGAAGAAGAAAAAUAAAAAGGAAACACAAACAGGAUUCUUUUUGUGCAAGCACGGUCGGUGGUCACGGCUCUGGGUCCGAGAGGCCGAACCCGCCAGCGGCUGGUGGGGCUGAGGGCAUCGCCCGGCUCUGGAAGACGGUCCGGCGCCCGAGCGUCCACUCACUUCUGGGCACCCAGCCUGCGGGUGCCGCCUUGCUCUUGGACUCCAGGGACCCUCAUCCUUGCCAGCGUCGGUCACCUGAGUCCAGAGGAAGCUGAGGCGGCGGCUUUGGCCUGGGGAUGACCAGGCAAAGCGAAGGAUGCGGCUGACCAUCUGGAUGGUGCCAACAACACGCGGGCCUGGGGCAGCCUCGGCACUGCAGCCCCCUGCGGAGGAAGCAGAUGUGCCCGGGGCCUUCCCUCUCCCUCCAGCCCUGCUCCACGCGAGGCCCUCGCUGGGUGGCUGGUCCUGUGUAUCCUGGCUGUGUGGCCGGCUGGCCCUGGACACCCGUCCGUCCCCCUCGCCCCCGGGCUGAGCAUCUCUGGGCCAGGAGGUGAAAGCCACCAGCUGCUGGGUGGAGGUGACCCACCCCCUCCAUGCCGAUCGACACCCGUGGCCAGAGGCUCCCUGACGGCCAACACCUGCGGCCGGCACAGGCCGGGCUGAGAGGCACUGCCUGGCCCUGGCUCAGUCUCUCGGGCCCUGCCACACGGCAUGAGGCCACCCGGCUUAGAAGUUCACAGGCGGCACCAGGCCGGACCGAUGCAUGCAGGCCAAAAACCAUGCGUAUCGGGCUGGCCGUCCGGUCCCCCGGGCCGGGCUCUGCCUCCUCCACCCCGAGGCCUCCUAGGGCCUCCUCUCCUUGUGCCGCAGAGGCCCCGGGCGGUGAUGUGUGCGGGACUCAACUCCCCCUGCCCGCACUGGACCUCCCCACCGUGAAAGGGAGUGUCCCCCCAUCUCAGGGCCCCCCGGAGAGCAGCCGCUGCCUCUGACAGAGCCCUCAGGCCUUUGUGGAGCCCCCCCAUGGCGGCCCUGAGUUUACCACCUUCUUCCUCGGGCCGGGCUCGCUCCCACCACCCAUGGGCAGGAUUUAGCCACGCAGCUGGGCCUCCGCAGGGGAGAGUUCCCUGGUCCUCCCCCCGAGUCACGUGGGGAGCACGGGACUAUUGGCUCUUAUUUCCCGUAGGCAUCAACGCCUCCCAGGGCCACUUGACUCCAGAAGUCGUGGGUCCUAGGGAGAGGGGGUGCGCGCUGUGGCCACUGGUUCCAGCCAUGCCCGCCGCCCCUCCCCCACCCCCCACACCUUGGGGGGGGGCUUCCCUGGAGCCUGCCCCGAGCCAGCCCCUUCCCUCAAUUCUGUUCUUGGUUCCGUUUUUGUUUUCCUGACCACGGCAGAGUGACUGCCUUGAGCAGAGGAGGCGCCUGCAGGGAGGAGAGUGGGGUGGGGAUUGGGUGCGGGCGCAAAUGCCAAAGCUCCUAAGAGGCUUACUGACGACUGAAUGUGCAAAUGGCAAGCGGCAGGGCGCCGACGUGGGGCAGGCCUGAGGUCCGAGGUCCAGCUGACUCGCAGCUCCCCGGCUCCAGGUCAUACCCUUAAGGGAAUGUUCUGGGGGAAUCAUCCGGGGGUCCCUGAGCUGCAGGGGUGCUGGGCCCUUCAGUUUCUGGGGAGAUGGCGCCCAAGCACCUUCCCACGCCCCCUCCCCCAGUAGCCUGGAUCUCUGAACACUCCCUCCCGCGCCCCCGGCCCCAGUGCCCUGGAAGCAUGGAAAGACUGGAACACGGCCCCAACUCUCUCCCAACAGGGCACCCCAACCCCAGCAAGCCCUGUGCCAGGAGUAGGGACGCGGCCCAGACGCUGCAGCCCACACACCGCCCCCCCCCCCCAGUGCUGACAGCCUCCGGGCUCGGCACCCGGGAACCACUGACAGGCCUCCGUGCUGUCUUCCCAUCUGGAACUACGGGGGUGCUCCUAGAAAUCGAUCCCAAUCUCCUUUUCCUGCCGCCUCUGUUCUGACAAGCGGAAAGUCAAAGUGUUAUCUCGCAAGAUGACCCCUGUGGCAUUCACGAGGGGAACGUAGCAGGGGAGGGCCAGGCGGGUUCCAGUGUGUUCUUGUCGUGGGGGAAAAAAAAAGAAAAAAAAGAAACUGGUUUGGAGUCAAGUUUAUUGGUGGGUAUAAACUCCCCAUUGGAGCCUUUUGUCAUCAGGGUUAGCGGGAGAGGGAAGGCGUGAGACCCGGUUCCCUCGGAGGGAGCCGGCUUACUCGCCGCCGCUCCCACUCUGGUGGGCAAACAGCCAUCAGCUUUUCUGCCCUCUCGCUCCCUCACUCUCUCUCUCUCUCUCAAAAUUGCUCCGUCCCUCGCCCCAAGGCCCUCCCAGCCUUGUAAAACUUUUUUUACAACUUUAGCCUUUAUGUCAGAGUAGAGAAACCAAACGACGUGAUGGUAGAUGUGAUGAAAACCUGAGUUUAUUUUUCUCCAGCUAACGAACGUGUAUUUCUAUUUGCCGAAUGAACAUCGUGACGUGUGCGUGCUUCCGUGAAUGGCCGUCCCGGCUCCUCCCUGCGCAGCUGGUGGCCGGGGGGCUGAGGAGGGGAAGGGGGCUCUCUGAGGAGACUUUUUUUGCCCAUCCAUCCCCACACCGGUUGCUUUUUUUUUUUUUCCCCAGUUGCUUCCUGGGCAUCUGUACAUAGUGUGUCUUUGUAUAGGAGCGCUUUCCCGUGUCCAGCUUAACAGAUGACAGCUGUGUGAGGAACACGAUGUACAUAGACCACAAAUCAAACUGGAACUCUAUGGCCUAGGUUGUUUUUUUUUUUUUUUUGUACAUACAGAAACUGCAUGGUAUUUAAAUUAUUGUUUGUCUUUGAUGAUGUAUGCAGUUUCUUUAAAAACAAACCAAAAAAAAAAAGUCAAAAAAAAAUCA